AUGGAUUACCUUGCUUCAGCAAAUUUUCUUGGUUUGAUAACGGGAUCAAGGUACUUGGCAAUGGAAGCAAGAUACGAGCAGACCAAGAUAGAGGCAGAGUUUGAGCAGAUCAUGGCAGAGGUAGAGCUCGAGAGGACUUUACAGGAUGUUGAGUACGAGAGGAUUAUUAUGGAAGCGGAAAUGGAAGUUUUGUUGAUGGAGUUGCGAAUGGAGAGGAUGAUAGUUGAAUCUGAGUUGGAAAUGCUGGCCAUUGAAGAAGAAAUUGAAGAGGGAACUGGUCUAAGUGAUGCUGAUAUCAGGAAAAGUUGUAGUCUUCACUCCGCCUAUUUAGUGUUUCCUGAAAGUCAACUGCAUAUAUUCUAUCUUGCAGCAAGUAGCAGUGAAAGACGCACUCCUUAG